UCCUCCGUCAAUCCACGCCUUUCUCUAGAACGCCCGGCCGGGUAUAAAAGGAGGCCGUGGCAAAGCAGGAACUCAUCGACCAUUCAGUAGCUAGCUAGCUCCGAGUCCUGUCGAGAUACGCACGCACUCAUCAUUUACAACCGUUUCUGCAUGGCUUCCUACGCGGCUUUCCUCCUCCUCGUCGCUGCUUUGUUUGUGUGCUGCUGCCACGCGCAAGGCGGCGACGACGGCGCCGUGGCGGCGAUCUACAGCCUCGGCGACUCCAUCACGGACACGGGGAACCUGGCCAAGGAGGCGCCGCCCGGCGCGUUCGAGACCAUCAAGCACCUCCCCUACGGCGUCACCUUCGGCCGCCCCACCGGCCGAUGCUCCGACGGCCUCCUCAUGAUCGACUUCCUCGCUCAGGACAUGGGCCACCCGUUCCUCAACCCUUACCUGGCCAAGAACAUGAGCUUCGACCACGGCGUGAACUUCGCCGUCGCCGGAGCCACCGCCAUGGACCCUGCCGACCUGUUCAACCGCACCUUCUCCAUGCCCUUCACCUCCAACUCCCUCAAGCUACAGCUCCGGUGGUUCAAGGACUUCAUGAAGUCCACCUUCGCUACUGAUGCAGAAAUUCGCAAGAGGCUCCAAUCUUCUCUGGUUUUGGUCGGGGAGAUCGGAGGAAACGACUACAACUUCGCCUUCUACGCAAACAAGUCUGUCAGUGAGGUGGAGAAAAUGAUCCCAGCUGUGGUUCAGACCAUCAUCAACGCCACCAAGGAAGUGCUUGACAUGGGCGCGAGCAGAGUCAUCGUCCCGGGCAACUUCCCCAUCGGCUGCCUCCCGAGCUACCUCACUGCCAUGGCUGCGCCAGAGCCGUCGGCAUACGACUCCACGGCCUGCCUCAAAGACCUCAACCUCUUCGCCGCCAAGCACAACGCGCAGCUCCAGCGGGCCGUCGCCGGUCUCCAGGCGUCAUACCCGGACGCGGCCAUCGCCUACGCCGACUACUUCAACUCCUUCCUCAGCCUCCUCAAGGGCGCCCCGGCGCUCGGCUUCGACGAGAAUAGCACGCACAAGGCCUGCUGCGGCGCCGGCGGCAGGUACAACUAUGACUUGAGGCUGAUGUGCGGCGUGGAGGGGACGGCGGUGUGUGCGGACCCGUCGGCGUACGUGAGCUGGGACGGCAUCCACAUGACCCAGGCGGCGUACAAGGCCAUGUCCAGGCUCAUCUACCACGGGAGGUACCUGCAGCCACAGAUACUCAGAUUCCCGGAGGAGAAAAAUGGACAGACAUGAUAAACUGUUUGAUUCUCCCCUAGACUAGACGAUGGAAGCCUCACCGCAACAUUUUGAGCCUUCGAUGAGUUCUUCCAUGGCUAUGCUAUAUAUGCACUCUGCACUAUGUAUCCAGAUUAAACUACUCCGACCUAAAGUAAAAGUAAAGAUGCAGUUUUAGCAUGUUGAGCAGGGUAUACAGUUAACAAACAAAGUUACUUCUCUCAAGUAAAUUGAGAGGAUUUUACGUGUU